GGAAGAUUUUCUCACGUGACCGUUGCAGUUUCUUUUCUAUUGGCGGCCAUCGAUAAAAAUGGCAAAGAUCAAGGCCAGAGACCUGCGCGGAAAGAAAAAGGAGGAGCUGCUCAAACAGCUGGAUGAUCUGAAGGUGGAACUUUCCCAGCUUCGCGUUGCCAAGGUUACCGGUGGAGCUGCCUCCAAGCUCUCUAAGAUCCGUGUUGUCCGCAAGUCCAUCGCCAGAGUCCUCACAGUUAUCAAUCAGACACAGAAGGAGAACUUGAGGAAAUUCUACAAGGGUAAGAAGUACAAGCCUUUGGACCUGAGGCCCAAGAAGACACGUGCCAUCCGUCGUCAGCUGACGAAACAUGAGCAGACCCUGAUGUCCAAGAAGAUGCAGAGGAGGUCUCGCCUCUACUCCAUUCGCAAAUUUGCCGUCAAGGCUUAAGAAGGCUGUGCCAUUAUUUUCUCUGAAAAUAAAAGCCCCACCCUGGAAUUAA